AUGUCUGAGUGUACUGCGUUUGUAGUGGUACCCUGUGGUACACUUGUUGCUGAGCCUGAUGCAUUGGCGAAAGUGAUUGCCUACUUGGAGUAUACUCUGUUGGCGAAGUGCAAGAAACAGAGGAAGACCGAUUAUGCCAGCUGUUACCUGGCGUCAAGUACCGUGGAGACUUUACUGCCCUGGGUUGCACCCGUAACGUCCAAACAUAUUGCACAGACCGUGACUGCUCUCAAUGAUGGAGGGGAGCAGAGCAGUGAUGGUGGGUUGGAGGCCCUGGCAUUAGCAUUGAAUAAGAUAAGGGAGAGGUUCCCCAAGACAAGAAACCGUGCAAUGCUUAGGAACAUCGUCGUGUUUGCGGAUCCGGACGCCUGGGGGAAGUGGGGGGGUGACUACCUUGAACUGUGGAGGCAGAUCAGAGACGAUUUGGAACAGGAUUCAGUAAGAUUAGUGCUCUUAGACUGUGGUGAGGGGACAUUCUCCCCCCCCUCACCUCCCCUUCGUCGUUUGAUACAUACCAUCUACACAAGACUCAUCGAGGAUACACUCGGUUUCAACCCUGCAAGUGUGAAGCCAGUGAGAGUGUUCUCUGGAGUGUUGCGUUUGGGGGCUACAUUGGAUACCAUAGUGGGGAAGCAGGAGGAGGAUGCCCAGUCAGUGUUUGAAGACCCGCUCUCUCUAGCGAUCAGCGUGGAGGGGUUCCCCGCCACCAAGACUGUCCAGGGGCUCAACAGGAAGACCAUGGUCAAGACAACAACAGAGGACGCGUCCUUCGAGUACGUCCCAGUGAAGUCAGUGAUAGAGUACACCACGAAGGAGGAAAGUGGCAGAGGUGCCGUCUCAGUGUCCUCACAGAACGUUACAAAGGCAUACAGGUACGGUGCAGACUACGUAGUGCUCCCAGAUACAAUCGUCGACAGGUCAGUGUACCGCACUGGCGGACCUGCAGCGAUCGAUAUCCGUGGGUUUAUGGAUGUGACCGCCCUGCCGAGACAUUACCUCCACUCAGAAUCCAUCUUUAUCCUACCGGACAGUAGGACAGGUGGUGUAGCCGAUGAGACUACUUUCCACGUCCUCGUGGACGCAAUGUUGCAAGCUGGCAAACUAGCAAUCGCAAGGUACGUCAACAGGGACCGUGGCAGCGACGUCCAGAUGUGCGCACUCGUGGCACUCGUCACCUCGACACAGCACUCUAGUGGAAGCACCCUCGUCCUCACCAGACUCCCCUUCGCAGAGGACCAACGCAACAGCUUGUUCCCACCGUUGACCCCGAAACUGCCCGACGAUGCAGACUCGAUGGAAACAGAUGCGCUCAUGGAACAGUUCGUGGACUCAAUGGACACAGAUAAGAUCGGAAUAGCCACCAAGGACGAGUACUACUACAGCACAGCGAACCUCGCCUCCGGUGCUGCCUCAACGCUGCCUCUGCCCGAGGGGGAGCACUACAGCCAUAUGAAUGACCAAGAAGACCCGUUACGUGUACCCAGCGUCGCAGUGCACAGACUCCAAGAGGUCACCAUGGAGUGGCUUCUUCAGCGGGUCAUUGAACCCCAAGACGACGGCGAAGAGUUCGUCGUACCUGAACUACCUCCAACCCUCGCAGACAAGAUAUCCUCUUACGUGUCAGACCAGGGUGCAUACGACAGAACCGCUGCUGCACUCGUCGCCAGGCUCGGGUGCCACAAGUCCGCACAGGUUAAGGGCAGCGGACAGGAACAACGGGACAACACUGAGGACAACGUACAAGAGGGACCACCGCUUGAGGAACUACUGAGACGCGGUGAGCGGUGA